UUCAUUCAUUCAACUUUGUGCCGCGCAAGCGUGCGUAGUUCCUCAGUUCCUUCGCGUGUACCUACCAAGCAAAAAGCAAGAAGCAACAUAAAAUUAAAUAAAAUAAUUAUCAUAAUAAUAACGAUCUACUUUGUGAUUCCAUAUAUACACACAUAUAUAUACAUAAUAAGCCGUUGAGCUACGUGACUUUAAUUCAUUCGUUCCCUGACGCCAGUGGCCAAUCGUUGUCGUCGCGUUAAUUCCAGUGAUUAGCAGCAGCAGCUACCAACAUUUUGUCGCAUUUCCCAUUGGGUGUUUGCCUUAAAGUGCGCCAUAAACUAAAAGGCAACGGCAGCUGGAAACACGGCCCACCCAAUACGCCUACAACAACAACGAAGCUAGCACACGGAGAAAUCACAACAACGCCAACAGCCAACGAGCAGCGAGCGUGUGACAGUUGACAAAGAAAGAAGAAAAAAGCGAACUUAAAGAGGAAAAGAAAAGAAAAAGCAUUGCCACACAUACAGCAAAUAACUGUUAUCUGCCAUAGCAAUAGAGAUAGCGAUUACGCUUUGAGUACCGUUAACAGCGUCAAGCAUUGCGCUCAUUGCACACAGAGCAAAGCUCAAAGCUUUCCAAACGCAACCCCACUCAGCGCGAACACUGAGUGCAAGAGAUCGAGCACACAGAAAGACAGAGCGAGAGCGAGAGAGAGAGAGAGAGAGAGACACUGUGUGUGUGAGUGUGCGACAAAGAGAGACCGAGUGCCAGAGAGCAGACAGCAGAGAGUGAGUGUGUGUCGUCGGCAGCGACGCCAACUCAACGAAAAACUUCACCCACUGAUUGUGCGAGCACUGAGCGCGCGCGCGUCGCACGUAGGCAAAAACAAAAAGAGGAAAAAAAUCAACGAAAAGAGGGGAAAAUAUAUCGUCUGUCAAAAUGUUUGCUGUAAUGCGAAUCGACAACGAUGACUGCCGGUCGGAUUUCCGUCGCAAGAUGCGUCCAAAGUGUGAGUUCAUUUGCAAGUAUUGCCAGCGGCGUUUCACCAAGCCCUACAAUCUGAUGAUACACGAGCGCACGCACAAAUCCCCAGAGAUAACAUAUUCCUGUGAGGUCUGCGGCAAGUACUUCAAGCAACGUGAUAAUCUGCGUCAGCACAGAUGUAGUCAGUGUGUUUGGCGAUAAGCUAAAAUUAUCAUAAAUACAAUAUAUAUAAAAGAAAAAAAACAACAAUACACAGCAAUAUAAAAUAUAUA